UUUUUUUUUUUAUUGCACGCACCACAGCGAAGUCUGUGCGGAAUCCUAAACCAGCCAAUUUACAUCCAUUCAUGAAUCUGUGACGUCAGCAAGCCUGUGGGCUCCUUUGCAGUGGGCUGGAGGAUUGUGUAGCUGGAAUCCCCCUCGCCCUUAUUUUUGCAAUUUUGCAAGGCUUUUAAAAUUAGCCUUCUACCUUUCUAAAGCAAGAAAACGGGACAGCAUGUGUAGGAAUCCUUCGUUGUUGUUUUGGAGCCCUCUCUUACAUCAGAACUGUGUUCUGUCCCUCCUCUGAGUGUCAUCUCAGGACCCUGGCCACACCCAUGGCACGAUGGCCAGCCCUCAGGAGCGCCUGAGCUGCUCCUCUUCUCCAUACCAAUCCUCGAGUGAGCAGAAAAGCCUCAGCGGACUACAAGAUGAACUCACAGCCAUGGGAAACCACCCUUCGCCCAGGCUGCCAGAGGACCAGCAGGAGAAAGGGGUGGUGCAGACAGAGCUGCUGGACAGCAUAAACAGCCCCAUCACUGCAACAGUAUUGACCAGCGUAAGCGAGGAUUCCAGGGACCAAUUUGAGAACAGUGUUCUUCAGCUAAGGGAACAAGAUGAACCAGAGGUGGCUAUGUCUCAGGGGAACGGCCAUGCCGUGGACGGAGAGAGCACAGGCGGAACCGAAGAUGUCAAGAUUCAGUUUAGCCGGUCAGGCAGUGGCAGCGGUGGGUUUCUUGAAGGACUGUUUGGAUGCUUGAGGCCUGUGUGGAAUAUCAUCGGGAAGGCAUAUUCCACUGAUUACAAACUACAACAGCAAGAUACUUGGGAAGUGCCCUUCGAGGAGAUCUCAGAGCUACAGUGGCUGGGUAGUGGAGCCCAAGGAGCUGUCUUCUUGGGCAAGUUUCGAGCAGAGGAGGUGGCCAUCAAGAAAGUGAGAGAACAGAAUGAGACGGAUAUCAAGCAUUUGAGGAAGUUGAAGCACCCUAACAUCAUCGCAUUCAAGGGUGUUUGUACUCAGGCCCCGUGUUAUUGUAUCAUCAUGGAAUACUGUGCUCAUGGCCAACUCUAUGAGGUUUUGCGCGCUGGCAGGAAGAUCACCCCUCGAUUGCUAGUAGACUGGUCCACAGGAAUCGCAAGUGGAAUGAAUUAUUUGCAUCUCCAUAAAAUUAUUCACCGUGAUCUCAAAUCGCCAAAUGUCUUAGUGACUCACACAGAUGCAGUAAAAAUUUCAGAUUUUGGUACAUCCAAGGAACUCAGUGAUAAAAGCACCAAGAUGUCCUUUGCUGGCACCGUUGCUUGGAUGGCGCCAGAGGUGAUACGGAAUGAGCCUGUCUCAGAGAAGGUUGACAUAUGGUCUUUUGGAGUGGUGCUUUGGGAGCUGCUAACAGGAGAGAUCCCUUACAAAGAUGUUGAUUCUUCAGCCAUCAUUUGGGGUGUUGGAAGCAACAGCCUGCACCUUCCAGUUCCUUCCACCUGCCCUGAUGGUUUCAAAAUCCUUAUGAAACAGACGUGGCAAAGUAAACCUCGCAACCGACCUUCUUUUCGGCAGACACUCAUGCAUUUAGACAUUGCAUCUGCAGAUGUACUUGCCACCCCACAGGAAACUUACUUCAAAUCUCAGGCUGAAUGGAGAGAAGAAGUGAAAAAACACUUUGAAAAGAUCAAAAGUGAAGGAACAUGCAUACAUCGAUUGGAUGAAGAACUGAUUCGAAGGCGCAGGGAAGAGCUCAGGCAUGCUCUGGACAUCCGUGAGCACUAUGAGAGGAAGCUGGAGCGGGCCAAUAACCUCUACAUGGAGCUGAGUGCCAUCAUGCUGCAGCUGGAGAUGCGGGAGAAGGAGCUCAUCAAGCGUGAGCAGGCAGUGGAAAAGAAGUAUCCUGGGACCUACAAACGACACCCCGUGCGCCCCAUCAUCCACCCCAAUGCCAUGGAGAAGCUCAUGAAGAGGAAAGGUGUGCCUCACAAGCCUGGCAUGCAGACCAAACGGCCAGAUCUGCUGCGAUCUGAAGGUAUCCCCAGUGCUGAAGUAGCUCCUACUGCAUCGCCCUUAUCUGGGAGUCCCAAAAUGUCCACCUCAAGCAGCAAGAGCCGAUAUCGGAGCAAACCACGGCACCGCCGGGGAAACAGCCGAGGCAGCCACAGUGACUUCGCAGGCAUCCUGAAAAACCAGCCAGCCCAGGAAAACUGCCCCCAUCCCACCUCCCUGCCGCAAGAUGGGUCCCAGCAGCACUCUGUCCAUCCCCACCCCCCUCUGCAGCAGCAAUACCAGCAACCCCUUCCUGCUUUGUCUCAGAGUUCCCACCCCAGGCUCAAUAUGCACGGACAGGACAUUGCAGCCUGUGCCAACAACCUGAGGUAUUUCGGCCCAGCAGCAGCCCUGCGCAGCCCACUCAGCAACCAUGCUCAAAGGCAGCUGCCUGGCUCCAGCCCUGACCUCAUCUCCACCGCCGUGGCAGCAGAUUGUCGGAGAAGUUCUGAGCCUAGCUGUUGGCAGGCUGACCCUUAUGACCCUUGCCUCCAGUGCCGGCCUGAACAGUGUGCGUCUUUAGACACACAUGCUGCUGAUCCCAUGGGGAGGAGUCCCAACCUUCCCAAGUCACCAGCACACAAUCCCCUCUCGGAAAAUGUCCAGGAUCCUGAGAAAAUGGAAGAAAAGGAAUUUGAUGGCUGUGGGUCAGCCUCAUCUCUUGGCACCCUUCAUCACAUGACCCCCCCAGUGCUACCUCGAAAAACAAGACCACUACAAAAGAGUGGGGAUGACUCCUCAGAAGAGGAAGGGGAAGUAGACAGUGAAGUUGAAUUUCCACGAAGACAGAGACCACACCGCUGCAUCAGCAGCUGCCAGUCUUAUUCGACCUUCAGCUCGGAGAACUUCUCAGUAUCUGACGGCGAGGAGGGGAACACCAGCGACCACUCCAACAGUGCCGAGGAGUUGGCACAAAGGCUGGAGAACCGCCUGGCCGAACAGCUAGAUGACCUGCUGUCCCAGACGCCCGAGAUCCCCAUCGACAUCUCCUCACACUCAGACGGCCUCUCAGACAAAGAGUGCGCUGUGCGCCGCGUCAAGACACAGAUGUCUCUGGGCAAACUGUGUGCCGAAGAGCGUGGCUAUGAGAACCCGAUGCAGUUUGAAGAUUCAGAGUGCGACUCUUCGGAUGGGGAGUGCUCCGACGCCACAGUGAGGACCAACAAACACUACAGCUCCGCCACUUGGUAAUGAAGGAAUCCCAACCCAAGGAAUUCGAGUCACAAGGAGCUGGACACUUGUGGCAUUCCACACCGUCCCCCCUGCUCCUGCCCAUCCCACACCCCUCCCAUGCUCUCCCCCACUGCCCCUCUGGAAAGGGAGCUACCCUGUCUCCUCCACCCCUUGAAACGAGCUGCAAUAACAGGAACAUGAGACUUCGCAAAUCUCUGAAGAAAACUACCCAAAUGAAAUUUAAGUCUCACUGAACAUUUCAAUCAAGAAUGGCAGGGAUCUAUUUUAUUGAAUAAUCUAGCUACUGUAACAUUGAUAUUUAUUUUUGUUUGACAUUUUAACACUUUAUACUGUAAAGAGUGAACUAUAUAUAAGAGAGACCCAGUAAUUUCUUGAAA